AGUAGGGACAUGGGGUACAGCGGUACCCGAAAUCAAAGCGUGAACUGUUUUUCUCACUGACACUGACACUCACCCUCCUCGGCUCCGCCUCUGCCCACAUCCGCCCACCGUACACCGCCGAUCAUGCUCCUCUGCCUCUACUGCCAGUAGUCCAGUCCCAUAAAAAACGCAAAGCAGCAGAAAAUGGCAGCCAAUGUUACUGUCGACGACGAAGAAGAUGAUUGCAUAGUCAUUGAAUGCAGAGACCCUAAUCUCAUCGAACAGCCACCAGAUACCGUAGCUCCACCUGAAAUCUUUAUUUCAACGGCUGAGAUUUCGUCCUGGGACUUGCCUUCUAUCCUCACCUAUCAAAUUGUUAAAAUCAAGAUCAAUCGUACUAGGUUGAUUGAGCAGUCUUCUUAUUUCCAGAGCCUACUUGGUGGAAGUUUUAGUGAAUCAUCAUCGUUGUGUGUUUCCAUCCACUGGAGGCUUGAGACAUUUCUACAUAUAUUGAGGUUCAUACAUGGAUGCCACGUGGAAGUUACAAUAUGUAGUUUUCUUCCUCUCUGUCAUGCUGCACUGUACUUUGGAUUGGAAGGGCUUGUCUUUAAGUGUAGAACUUGGUUCUCUGAUAUUAUAAUGAUGGAAAGGCUUUCUUCUCAACUAGAGCUGGAUGAAAUGAUUCAUUUUUGGGAAUUUGGCUUGGAGCACGCAAUUGAUUGGAUCUCAGGACUAUGUAUAAGCUAUGUUGCCAGGAACUUUAUGUGGGCUUUGUCUAGUGUCACAUUUGUUGACCUUCCAUAUCAGCUCCUUGUUUCUUGUGUAAAGCACCCUGAUCUGACAGUAGAAAGUGAAAGGCAUCUCUGUGAAGCAUUACUAGCUUGGUUUUGCGCAAACAUGGAACCACUGGAACAAACAGGAAGUGCUGAAGAUGGUGGGAGUGACAAAUCCAAGCACAUUGCCACACAUGCUUGGACUAGCAUUUUUGAGGAGCAGAUACACAUCAACCUUUUACCACUCUGGUUCAUUAUGGGGAAAUCUAGGUGUCGCUAUUUUUCAGUAAUGGCACAGUCAGGCGUUGCUGGAAUAAAUUACUGGUUGAAGAGACUGUCCAAGCAUUCAAAUUAUGUUGUUGAGGCCACUGACUGGAGUUAUAUGAGAAUUAGAUUGACAGAUUAUUCAAAGAAGCUUGACCUUUCUGGAUGCUCUCAAAUGACCUCCUCAGUUUUACUACUUUCCUUGCUUCAUGAAACAUCUUCUGUGGGUCCCUUAUUGUUGGAGGGUAUUGGACGGAGAUCCAUUGAUCUUGAAUGUCCAAAGUGGCUUUCGGUUUUGCCUACUCUUUCUUUCAAAAGAAUGGUGGAAGUUGAUAUAUCCAAGUGUCCUCUGCUGCAUCUUGGUGCUGCAAUGGAAUGCUUUCGGAAGUCAUUUCCAUUUUUGAGGACGGUAAAAAUGGCUUACUUUUUGGAUUUUGAAACAAAAAGGUUGCACCAGCUAAUAGAGAACAACUCUUCAGUCUAUGAAGUUGACUUGACUGUUGAUGUUAGUCCACUUAUACCUUCAAAUAUAUCUGUUUUGUAUUCUGGAUGUCUAAGUAGGCCUGGACUAAAAAAAUAUUUCGAUAUGUCAUCAUGCUGUGGAAGAGGACCAACUGUAUCAAAUAUUACAAAACUUACAUUGGAAGGGCGAAGUGAUUUCUCAGAUCUGGAGCUCAAUGAUAUUGCAGAAUUUUGCGUCUACUUGUGUUAUUUGAACAUUAGAGGUUGCUUAUCAGUGACAGAUAACGGCAUUGCAAAUCUUAUACUGAGAUGCAGCAAGUUACAUUCAAUUAUAGCUACUGAUACCUCAUUUGGAAGAAAUUCAGCUUCGUCUCUUUGCUCCAAAGUUCUGGAUAGUGGACAACCUCAAAUGGGCUUAGAUAAGGAACAUAUUGAGCUAUCAGAUAUUAAUCUACAAGUCCUGCAUAUAGGUGGUUGUAAAGGUGUUAGUGAAACAAGCCUUACCGAAAUUUUGUCUCGGGGACGAAUGCUCAAGAAUCUUUGCUUGAGGAAUACAUUCCUUGUUGACCAUGCACUGUACAGAUUUCCUGGAUCCUCGUUGGAGAUUCUUGAUGUUUCUAACACAAUGGUUUCAAGAGAUGCUUUGUCGCAUAUGCUUAUAAAAAAUCCGGACCUGAGAUAUCUGGAAGCAAAGGGAUGCAAACAGUUAUGUACAAACAAUAUCAAGCAUGAAGAGGAUUCGUUGUAUAUGAAUCCUUGUGAUAAGCUGUUUCAUGUGUCGGGACUAGAAUGCAAGUUAGAAGAGCUUGCAAUUGGAUGGGGAUUUUCUUUUUUCUCUCUCCAUUCUAUAGGACCUGUCAUGACGUCUUUAAAAACAAUAAAUGUCGGCCUAGGUGGAUCAUUAGGUCCAGAAGGGCUGACUCUGCUGUGCACUCUAUGUCCAUUGUUGGAAUCUAUCACCAUUCUGUUUCAGGUAAUAUCUGAUGCUGUCAUCACGAAUCUGUUGGGAACGUUGAGAAACUUGCGGGCUUUGUCUGUCUGCUAUUGUAUUGGAGAUAUAUCUCCAAUGAGUUUAAAGUACAGUGUUCCAAAUAUAAGAAAAUUGAAACUGGAAAGGGUGACACCUUGGAUGACCAAUGAUGACUUGGCUUUGUUGACACAGAAUUGUGCAAAUGUAACCGAAUUUUCAUUGGUAGGCUGCAUGCAUCUUGGUGUAGAUUCACAACAGAUCAUCUCAUCUGGUUGGCCAGGCUUGAUUUCGCUUCAUCUAGAGGACUGUGGAACACUGACAGCAAAUGGGACUGGCUUUCUUUUUGACUGCAAGGCCAUGGAACACCUCCUGCUCCGCCAUAAUGGCCCUGGAAUCCAGAAAAACUUUAUACUUGAUGCCGCUUCGAGACUGCCAAUGCUUCGAAGCAUAUCAUUAGAUUGGUGUGAUGCAAGUGAAGACGACUUUGACCUUCCAAAUUUUGCUGACAAAUACUCAUUGAGCAAUGUGAAAAUCUCAAGGUGCAAGCUCCGGAAGUGCAUAUUAGACUUUCAGAAUGUGGAGGUUCAGAAGAGGCCAGUGCACAAGGAGACCCUAGUACUUGUGUGGAACAGUACCAGCCUCCAGAGGACAGUUGUGAAAGAGAGAAUUACAUAGUUAUACUUGUUUGUAUAUCCAGAAGAAGAAUCUGCACUGGAAUAUGAAUUUUCCAGUCGUCGUGGUAGAUGAGAUGAAUAAGAAGGAACGCUUCGUGUUCAAGAUACGAUGAUGAGCAUGGGCUUGUAUUACAGGAUCGCUAUCAUCCUUGCUCCAAAUUAAUACAGCUGUUUAUGAUU